UUGAGAAAUUCCUGUAUUUGAAUUGAAACACGAUUGUUUCGUAAGUUAAUUUUUCUCGAAUACUGUUUAAAGACAUUGGAAAUGUUUAAAAAUACGUUUCAAAGUGGUUUCCUUUCAAUUUUAUAUAGUAUUGGCAGUAAGCCAUUGCAAAUCUGGGAUAAAAAGGUUCGCAAUGGGCACAUAAAACGAAUAACUGACAAUGACAUUCAGUCACUUGUUUUGGAAAUUGUUGGCACUAAUGUUAGUACUACAUAUAUCACCUGUCCAGCUGAUCCCAAGAAGACCCUUGGUAUAAAACUGCCUUUUCUAGUCAUGAUCAUCAAGAACCUCAAAAAAUAUUUCACUUUUGAAGUUCAGGUACUCGAUGAUAAAAAUGUGCGAAGAAGGUUUCGAGCAAGUAACUACCAAAGCACUACACGAGUCAAACCAUUUAUAUGUACAAUGCCAAUGAGACUAGAUGAAGGAUGGAAUCAAAUACAGUUUAACCUAGCAGAUUUCACAAGACGAGCAUAUGGUACAAAUUAUAUUGAGACCUUACGUGUGCAGAUCCAUGCCAACUGUAGGAUUCGAAGAGUAUACUUUUCUGAUCGUUUGUAUUCAGAAGAUGAACUUCCAGCAGAGUUUAAGCUUUAUUUACCUGUCCAAAGCAAAUCAAAAGCCUGAAAUUGUUUAUUUAGUUGAGUUCCUGUACAUAAUUUGUUGGUUUGCUUCAAGAUUUCAAACUGCAAAAUCACAUUAUUUCUGCAAUGAAUUUAAACAAAAAAAAAGCUUUUCAUGAAGGAAAAAUCCUGUACUUUUAGAUUUUCAUGUAAAUAUAUUUUGUAUCAAUUCACACACAAUUUGCUAUUAAAUCAAAUACAGUAAACUUAUUUAGAACUGAAAAUAACUGUCAUAAUGUUUUAAUUACCUUAGAUGACUUCAUGAAAAAAUAUAAUGGAAAUAUAAAAAAAUGUAUCCAUAAGUGACAACCUCUUUACACAAUGAAUUAAUUUAAAAAGUUGUACAGCUAAUGAUUAUCAGAAUCUAUAAAAAUAUGCUUCACUCCACUGAUGUAUGACCUACCAUUAGGACGUAUCUCAGCCCAAUUACAGAUUUACAUCUUCAAAAAUUAAUGUUAAGUUUAUAGUGAGAUAACAGUUGAAUGAAUAUUUAAAUAAAUUAAUACAUAAAAAGUUGAAUCUAAAUUUAUAUAAUGAUAAUGUAUUUAUGAACUCCCAAGACUCAAAGGUCAAAGAACUAUAUAUAUAUAACCCUUACAAAUAAUAAAAAAAUAACUUUUGAACUUGAAGCUUGCCUCAUUUCACAUGAAUGGAUAUUGUAUAAAAUCUUAACACACUGAUAUAACUGUUGUUUGAAUUGUUAGUAAAACAAUGUUUUGACAUUAACAGACAUGUAAGUAGUGUCUUAUAUUGCAACAUGUUUUGUUUCAAUGUGUUGGAAAUGUUAAAUCCAGUUUACUGUGAAGUCCAAGAAGUGAGAUCGUACCUUCAAAGACUAAUAUAUUUUUUUAUGAACUUUUAUCCUUUCUAUCACCAACUUGAUCACAUUUUUUCCAGAGUUAUAGUGUAUUUUGUAACUAAUAGAAAGGUUAUUUCAGAAAAGUUUAAAACCACCAAAACUGUAUAAUUGCAAUAUCCUUUUUAACUAGUAUUGCUUGUAUCACACACAAUUUAAUUGAUUGUUGUUGGAGGUGGGGAAAAUUAUUUGAAAAAUUGCACAUAAAGAAAAGAAAGUUAACCAUAAUAUAGAGUCAGGUUGGUCACAUGUUGUGUAAACAAGAUUCUUCCCCAGCUUUCUUUAACAUGUAGAUUUAGAAUGGGUGACUUAACAGAUGACCAUAAUUGUAGUAUUUCUAAUCACAGCAUUAGUUAUUAAUUUCAUGACUGAAUUCAUGUGCAUUUUUAAUCAGGCAUAACAAAAUAAGAUUAUUCUUUCAUUAAAUAUGAAGCAAAUGUCACAAGUGCAUGAAAUUAUAAUUCUUUUAAAACUUGCAUAUUCCUUCAUUAGUAAGUUGUAAUAGUAUACAGUGAGGAUUUAUGAUAUGGAAUAAAUAUUUGUAACUUAAACAGUUACCAAGGUAAUAUCUAAACAUAAUGAUAAUGAUGAAAAAUGAUAGGAAAAGUUUUUAAAAAUUAGCCUUUGCUUCAGCCAAACACCCUCAACCAUUUUUUAUGUUUACAAAUUAAUAAUUAGUCAUGACUUUAUUUAUUAGUUAUUUUAUGUCCAAACUUAGUGUAUGUUGUAUGUGUAUUAUAAUUUUUCUUUAUAUCAUUACAGCUUUCUGAUUAUGGAAUAUGUCAAAUCUAAAAUGUUCAAAAAUUAAAUGAAAUUAUAAGUUUUCUGUGAUACUCUUCUUUUUAACAAGAUUCAGAUUUUUACAGAUAAGUCCAUUAUUAAGUUUACUUUUUUAUCGUAUACCUGACAGUUGACCAAACAAUUAGAUUCAGCACAAACCUAUUUAUAUAAGUGUUAAACAUGUAUUUAGUUUGCAUUAAUUACUAUUUAUGAUUUACUGCUGUUGUCUUUAGUUAUCUCGUACAUUUUCAAUGUUAUGUAAUAAGGAAUCAAUAAUUUGCACAAUUUUGUUCUAAUUCUCUCUGUAUGAAUUCAGGUUGAGAAACGUUUUCACUACUUUUGUAACUGUAAAAAGAUGUUCUGUACAGUGCUCACUGUGAAUUUGAAGAAAGAAUAAAAAUACCUAACCUUUAAAGGGGGGCAAACAAAAUCCCAGGUGAGUGAAUUUAAAUAGCUAUACUUGUUUGGGGAGGAUAAUUUUCAAAAUAAUAUGAGAUGAUAGAAUUCUAUACUUACAUCAAUGAAAACAGUUAUAAUACAGAGGGUCUCACUGCUGAGUAUAUCUUUAUCACUUUUCCACUUACGCUCUAUCUCUACAGAAAAAUAUUACAAUCCUCAUGCUUAAAGUAAACUUUCACCAGUAUAAAUAAUUUUUAUAAUAGAUAAUUAUGUCUGCCACCAAAGUUGGCUGGAAGUUAUGUUUUUAACCCUAUGUGUGUUUGUCAGGAAGAUUUCUUGAAAACAGCUGAAUGGAUUUGGAUGAAAGUUGGUAUAAAUUUGGACUAUGACCCAACUUAGAAGUGAUUAGUUUUUUUAAUGGU